UUCAAGAAAUACAAAGUGAGAGUAGUAAUCUGUAUUCUUGCAGCUCAAAGAGAUUCAACUUUUUGAAUUUUAUUGUUUAUUUCUUUCUUUUCUUACUUUUUUAAAAAUUUUACAAAUUACCAACAAAAAAAUUACAACAUCAAAGAUUCACACCCAUUGGAUGUUGGAUGCCUAUGCAUAACUCGGAUGAAGUGCACUUGUUUAUUCUCAGAACUUUACAAGCAGAAAGAUUUAGAGCAGAAUCACAUCUCAGUCUUGGAGAACACCACCCCCUGAAGACCGAGUCAUUUUGAGGUAGUGGCUCCAGGACAGAACAGCAAAUUAUCCAAGGUUCAGCAUAGAAGGGGUUAUCUUAGCUCUCUAAGAUGACAGAACCAACAAUACAUCAAGCUGAGAAAUUUCUCAUUUUUGAUAAAAGGCAGACUGGAAACAAGAUUUUUGUCCAUGAAGAGGACGAGCACUUCCUUGUUCAUGGUUUCUAUCACUUUAAGCAUUUCUCCUGUGAAAGCCCAGUGCGUUUCAUGUUACACUCCCCUGCAAACCAUGCUUUCAUCAGCCUCCAUACAGACAACAAAGUAACCUUUUACAGACCUAAAUGCUACAGGGAGAUAAUCUGGAAAAAAAUGCCCUUUUUGGGCCUUACUCCUACAAAGCUCCUGGGAUGGAUAAUAGGCUGGGGUCCGGGUCCCAUCUUCACUCUUCUUGACAACGAAUUGAGGCAUUUGGAUACUGCGGAUAACGCUCUUGAUAUUCGACUGUGUGAGGCGGUGGAGCAUUCUUGGGAGAUGGUUACUGCAGGCAUUGGGAAUGUGUGUGUGUGGUCGGUGUUGCUCAUGAGGUGCAGAGUGAUGAUACAGGAAGGGCUGCAGCAGAGAGCUUUCACUCACAUGGCAUUGGCUCCUCCACAGAAGAAGAGGCCUCACUGUGCCAUUGUUGCAUGUGGAAAGGAUGUGACUGUGAUCGACCUCGAUAAUGGGAUAGUUCUGGAUCACCAGGAGGAACUCGCUCCAAGUGAAAUCACCGCAAUGUUGUUCUGCACCCAUCUUAACUGUUUGAUCACUGGUUUCGAAGAUUACGCCAUCACAGUCUGGGGUCUUGACUGGGUUCCAUGUGUGACUUUUUUUGGACAUGAUGGUGUGGUGAAUUCGUUGUUCUAUUGCUCCAAAUCAAACCUGCUGAUCUCAUGCUCUGCAGACUGCACCAUCCGUAGCUGGGAUGUAAAAAGGAACUUGGCAAUCGAUUGUUUCCACACAGAGCAUAACAACCCACCACUGUGUUUGGGAGGCAUAAAGAACGAACACCCGUUUUUCUCUUUCUCAGAAAAAGGUGUGGAUCUUUGGUUUCUAACAGCUUGGUACACACUCCACACGAAGAUCAAAGGAGAUGAAAACAUCGCAUUGAAACACAUCUUAGUCUCACAUUUGCCUCCUUGCUACCCAACCCGAGUGACUUGUGUCAGUGAAGAUGAUCAUAUCUAUCUGGUUUCUGUUGGAACAGAAGAAAUACUGACUUCCUUUAAGGCAGGAAAGAGGGUAUUAUGUGCUGCCUACUGCCUUCAAAAAGAGCUUUUGUUUGUCUUGACUCAGUGUGGUUCGUUAUUGCAAGUCAACCCCCUCACUAAUCCAGCCACUUUAAUACAAGAAUGGGAAGGCAAAGGCCAGGCUCCCUGGACAUCAUCAGACACUAUAAGUAAAAAGGAUGUCCUAAAUCUGCCGGUGCCUGGCCCCGCCUGUUGCAUGGUAAUUUACAGCUCCUUGGGAGACCCUGAGAAGGCUUUAGAGAAGUGGAAAAGUUUACAAAGUAGGAGAGGCAGCAUUCAUAGGGAUACCAAACAAAUUGAUCAUUUCAAGAAUAGAUUUUGGGUUAUCAUUGGCCAAAUUGGUGGCUGUGUGAGUGUCCUCGCAAUGGAUGAUGGGACAAUCCUGUUCAGAACCCCCGCACACAACGGCAAUAAUGUCACAGCAGUGAAGGCCUACCCGAAGAACAACUGCCUCCUCUCCUCGGGUGCCGACUUCACGGUGAUCGUGUGGAGAGUUCACCCCGAUGCUGCAACAUGUCUCACCAAAAACCAGAUGGUGAUAUGUUAUGAGCGUCAGGUUUACCUGGCGGCACUGGAGCUGUAUGUGGCCCUGGAGUUUCAAGAGCCUAACAGCAACUUCUACAGCCUACAACUCUACCAUAUGGAAAACCUGAAACGAGCAGAAUGUCAGCAAAAUAAUGCACAUAUAGAUUCCCUCACAGGAGUGUGUGCGAUUCCUGAAAUAAAGGCUUUUGCUUCCUGCAGUCUGGAUAAGACAGUGCGCAUCUGGAAUGAGAAGAACAAGCUCAUUUGGGUGCAACAGCUUGUAGCAGCACCUCAGUGUAUGGAAUACAGUGGAAACGGGGAGCUAUUUCUAGGCAUGAAUGGGGACCUGUACAGACUAGAGUUUGCACAGUUUUUACCAAAGAAAUACCGACGAAAGUUUCGCUGCUACUAUUUUGAAAAUGUCCUUCCUGAGCUGCCUAUUGCUGAGGUUGAAGAAACACCCGACAAAGAAGACACGUCAGUUGCUGAGACAGAAAGAUUAAAGGAAGCUAUCAUCAGCAAUGAGGUAAUGAACAUAUACCUGGAGCAGGAGAUGGAGGCGACAAUGAUCAUAGACAUGGAUGCGAAGGCUCUAAUAAAGGGAGAAGUAGUUUGCACACAAAAGAGAACUCACAGUACGAACAAAACCAAGAAAGAGGCCUUUGACCAUUUCAUGCGUGAGUUAUACGGAUUGUCACCUUGUGAGCAGAUUGGUGAAGAGGAUGAAGAGAAUUUUGAAGAUAUUAUAAUGGCGACCAAAGCACGUUUAAUGCGAGCCAUUUACGUUCCAAAGCCAAAACCAGUGGUCCAUCCUGCAGUCACUACUGAAGAGCCUGCAGAAACAGAAAAACAGGUUUCGAAGAAAAAGGUGGCCAAAAAGGCUGCGACUGGUCCACAGUUGAAAACUGUGGUUGCAAAACAAGCACAAGCCAAAGUGGAAAAAAUGGAAAAGGUUAAAGGAAGAUAUACUCAGAUGGAUAAGGUUAAAAAACUCUCCAGUACAGUGGAGUCAAUCCAGGUGACUCCACAGUUCCGGCGGAGUCCACAGAAACCCCAAGUUCCAAGUAUCCUUCUUCCUGUCCCAACACCAGCUCAAACCCAAAAAAUUUCCCAGGUUACUCCAUCAGUCGUCAGUCAGUUUUCAAGAACGGAAUGGUUUUCUGAUGUGUUUCCUGACAGAAAGCAUAUCGGAAGUGACACUACUUCUGAGAACGUCUUCCAGCAGCUACUAAAAUACGUGCAAAACUCCAACGGCAAAGCAAAUUCCAAGGUCCUUGAAGCAGUUCGUGCAGCGAAAGCUCUGCAAAGCCAGAACCUCUUUGAUGUCACAGAUAAACAGUACACAAACCUCACUGAAGCUUGGGAGAAAUUUAUACGGCCAUCAAUGUCAAAUCAAGCUCGCGAAGUGGUUGUUGAGAUGUUAAAUUUGCUGGUGGAUUUGAAACCGGAAGUCAGUUCCAAUCUUGCGAAAAAACUUAUAAUUUUUAUGGCAAAUAAGGAACUGAAUCUCCAAAGACCAAUAUUACGCCUCAUUGAAGGUUUGAGUGUGCAUCAGGCACAUUUCCUGGAACACGAGUUUCAAAACUGGGGUGAAGGACUGGAGAGCAACCCUAACAAGUUGGAAAUAAUUGACAAAAAAGCAGACUGCUGGUUGGAGAAGUGGACCUCAAAAUUCAAAGUCUAUAACCGCUUUCAGAAUACUGAAACUUCAUCGCAGUGGAAAAGGCCCUCCUUCAGCGGAUUGGAUGUCCUGAAAUUUUUCUGUUUGAUGAAAAAAGAAGAAAUCAGAAAGUCCUGCUUUAUUCCUGCUGUCAAAAAAUACAAAGUGCUUGUGCCUCAGGAGAAGUGGCGUUUCAAACCACUUUUUCGCUUGGGAGAGACAUACACCAUGGCCAGAAAAUGGAGAAAGACAAGAUACUGUUUUUUUGAGCCUAACUUUCCCAAUUGGAUCCAUCUGCCUCUGUCUCGUGUCAACCUGCGUCCGUUUCAUACAAACUCGUAUGAGCGCUUGGUGAGGCUCCCUACCCGAACCUACUUCAUCCCUCGGCAGUCUACAGGGGAGUACUACGAGCGAAAAUUCAAAAUCAGUCCUGUAAUGACCCCAGCAACGCCGCCCCACCGCCCCGCCACUCCACCCCCAACUCCUGAAUUACAUCUGAAUUUAUUCAACAAUAAAUAAAAGUAAUAGUUGCUAUAAGUUCAA